ACCAGCCUGUACGCUGUCUAUCAACAACACGCAUGGCAUCCGAAAUAAAAAGUUCAAAACAAAUAAUCGCUCCUUUUGGUGCCACUACAACACACUGAAUUCCCGGCGAAAUGGGAAAAAUUAACAAAAAAUCACCAAAACCUAAACCAGUUUCGAAAGCUACCGACGAUGCUAGCAAAAUAAAAGGCCCUUUCCCGAUCUAUCGAUCCACACCGGUUCAACUAAACGGUCCGGAACCAACCAGCUUUAAGGUCGUAGAUAGUAAACCGAAGAAGAAAGAAAGUGCAACAAAAAGUACUUCAGCAGGUAAACCGCAAAACAAAGCUGACCCAUCACUCGGUGACCCGGAAGAAGAUGAAGUGAAAGUAAAAAAGCUCCGCAAGCUGGCCAUUUCGCGUCUAUCCAAGAAGGAAAAGAAACAAUUCCGCAAAGAUGAAAUGCUGAAAAAAGUCGAACUUACGAAGCAAGCGUUCAAGCAAGAUAAGGAACGAAAGAAACGCGAACAGACUGCAAUCACCGGUGAUUUGAAACCACUGCUAGAUGCUUUACCUUCGCUAGAAUCUCUGUUCGAGUUGAAAUCGGCCGCCACAAUCAAAACGGGUGUACCCAAGUAUGACAAAAAAGCAGAACCCAGAACGAAAAAACAGCGACAAGCGCAACGUCGAAACAAGAACAAGCGCGAAUUCAUGAAACGGUGCCGUACCAUCAAACGGGUACUAAACGACCAAACAUUUAAGAAGGAUCCUAAAAAAAUGGUUGCCGAAUAUAUAAAGAAUGCACGCAAGGAGCAGUCGGAAUUGUUGUUGAAAAGUGCAUCGUAACCGUGGUGCAUACAUUUGUUCGUAAUUAAGGCACAAAAAUAUAGUUUUUUUUUCAUCGAAAAUAUAAGCUAUCGCUUCAUUAUU